CAUUAUAAGCGAAUAAGAAUUGUAAGUAAAUAGAUUAUUAUUAUAAGAAUAAUCUUUAAAAAAUGGACAUUUUUAUCGCAAUAUUUCUGGUGGUUUGCAGUACACUGCUCACACUAGCGGUACAGAGUAGAGGAAAAAACGUUGCGAGAAAAAACAAGGAUGUGAAAACAAAGUUUUCGAAAAAGGUUUUAAAGUCUAGUUCUCUUCUUUCCAAACACUCUCAGGAGUUUAAUAAAAAAGAAAUCUUAAAGAUUUCUGGAAACAUCUACGUUGCUAUUGGUUAUGGAUUAGCAAACUGUAUAAUGAUCGAGGGAACAGAUGGAGUUAUCAUAAUCGACACCUUAGAGAGUUGCGAAGUUGCUAGAGAGGUAAAAGCUGAAUUUGAGAAGAUAACUACAAAACCUGUUGUUGGAAUUAUCCUGACACAUUUUCAUGCUGACCAUGCAUCUGGUACAGAGGUGUUUACUGAAGGAGUAGAAGAAGUUCCCAUCUACGCACAUGAUUCAUUUCCAAAAUAUUUUAGUCAGGUAAUGGAUGUCCGGAGCCAAAUAACGUUUAAAAGAGCUGUGAGGCAAUUUGGGACAGAAAUACCUGAAGAAGUAAAAGAAAAUGCUGGGAUAGGAAUCAGCUUAAGAUUGGACGGAUCGACAACAACAUCAUACAUUUUCCCAACAAAAACAUUCUCAGACAAACUUAUUGUUGAGCUAGCUGGUAUUGAACUGGAGUUGAUACACGCUCCUGGGGAAACAAAUGAUCAGAUUAUUGUUUGGUAUAAGACAGAGAAGAUUUUAUUUCCCGCGGAUAAUAUAUACAAAGCGUUUCCGAACCUUUACGCGAUACGAGGAACUAUGCAUAGAGAUACACUUCAGUGGGUUGAAGCACUGGACUUGAUGAUCCAACUAGAACCAGACAUUUUAGUUCCACAGCAUACAAGGCCCUUGCAUGGACGGUCUGAAGUACUUCAAACCAUCACAGCUUAUAGAGAUGCAAUACAGUUCGUUCAUGAUCAAACAGUUAGAUUUAUGAAUAAGGGUUUCAACGGAAACGAAAUUGCACAGAUUGUAAAACUACCACCUCACCUAAUCAAUCAUCCAUAUCUUAUAGAAUAUUACGGAACCGUAGAAUGGUCUGUAAAAGCGGUGUACCAUGGGUAUAUGGGAUGGUUUUCAGGGAGGCCAGCUGACCUGCAUCCUCUACCCAGGAUAGAGGAGGCAUCUCUAUACCUAGACCUUGCAGGUGGAGUAUACAGAGUGUUGGAAGCUGGAGAAAAGGCUUUGAAAGAUGAUAACGCUCAGUGGGCUCUACAACUAGCUGAUCUUGUUCUAGAUGCUGGACAAGCAGAACCAGAGGAUAUCAAGAGUGCCAAAAAAAUUCGGAGUCGUGCACUAUUAAUACUUUCAACCAGGGAGAUAUCAGCUCCAGGUAUGAACUGGUACCUAACUGAAGAUAUGGUGAUGCAGGGACUCGAUAUUAUUCCAUCUAAAAAAUCUAAAGCACAGAGAAUUAAACGCGGCAGUGUUCUAAGUUUAUUCCAAAUGUUGACCUGCAUGUUGGAUAGUUCAGCUACUGAACAGGUCAACUUAAACACCGGCUUUAACUUCACAGAUAGUGGAAAGAGAAUAUAUGUUUGUAUUCGACGUGGAAUAGCCUUGGUGAAAGAGGGAAGCAUUACUGAUGGAGAGGAAAAUGUUGAUAUUAAAGUAACAACUACAGAAAACACGUGGAAAGAGAUUAUGGCCAAGGAGAAAAGUGCAGUAUCUGCUGCAAUGACGGGACUAAUUAAGGUUGAGCCUGGAAUACAACAAUUAGGAGUUUUCUUCUCUUACUUCGAUAUCAAUGGUUAAGCCACCAUGAUUUACUAGCUUGAAUACAAGUUUACAGUGCUAACUUUUGUUAAAAAUGUUAUCUUUAAUCAAUGGUUUCUUUGUUAACGUAAAUAUUUUUUUACUGUUUUUAAAAUAAAAUAAAGGGUGCAGUUUCUAAAAAAAACCACA